CUAAGAACCGCCACUGUAACUCCUAACUCGGCGAACCCAGAAAGAGAAUUAAAAAUUAAAAAAGCAAAAGCCGAAAAGUAAAUAUUUAAAAAAAAAAAGAGAAAUGGGGGAUAAUUAUGACGCCACCAUUGAUACACCUCUCAAAUAAACCGAAAAAAUAUUUCGUUUUCUCUCUCUCUUUCUCUGACCUUUAGCUUUAGAAGCUGCACAUUUUCCGAUGAGAGCCGGAGAAUAUCGUAAUUCGUCGGAGAAGUGAGUUUUUUUUUUGGGGUCCAGCAUGAACGAAAACGACGUCGUUCCGAGGACGUUUCGGGCGCUGGUGGAGAGUGCGGACCGGAAGUUCGCUAGGGUUCGUGACGUGCCUGCGUACGGACGGGUCCAUAACCAACACUACUUCCAGAAAGUGUUCAAGGCCUACAUGCGGCUAUGGAAGUACCAGCAGGAGAACCGGUCCAGGCUCGUUGAGUCGGGGCUUAACCGAUGGGAAAUCGGUGAGAUCGCAAGCCGGAUCGGCCAGCUCUACUUCGGUCAGUACAUGAGGACCAGCGAGGCUAGGUUUCUCGUCGAGGCUUACGUUUUCUAUGAGGCAAUUCUCAACCGGAGGUACUUUGAGGGAUCCAAAGGCUUAGGUAAGGAUCUCGGUGUCAGGUUCAAGGAAUUGAGGUUCUACGCCAGGUUUUUGAUGGUUUCUUUCAUCUUGAGCCGUACGGAUAUGGUGAACCAUCUUCUGGACCGUUUCAAAGCUCUCGUUGAUGAGUGUAAAGCCAAUUAUAGGGAUACUAAUUUCAAAGAAUGGAGGCAAGUGGUGCAAGAAAUUGUUAGAUUUAUGAAAGUUGAUACGUCCUUUACGAAUGCUCGGCCAUUGCGUUAUUGUGCUACAUAUGAUUCUCAUCCAGCAUCUGUCCCGUAUGUGACUCGUUUUCAUGCAAAGAAGGUCUUGAAAUUUAAAGAUGCACUACUAACCAGCUAUCACCGGAAUGAGGUUAAAUUCGCUGAACUCACAUUGGACACAUUUAGAAUGCUACAAUCUUUAGAAUGGGAGCCAACUGGAUCCUUUUACCAGAGGCGUCCACCAGAAUCAAAGGAGAAUGGUUCUUUUACUGAUCAUUCUGGGGCUUCUGGAUUGAUAGAUAUAAACUUGGCAGCAGACAUGACUGAUCCAUCUUUACCUCCAAACCCAAGGAAGGCUAUUCUCUAUCGUCCUUCUGUUACCCAUUUAAUAGCGGUUAUGGCUACAAUUUGUGAGGAGCUACCCCCAGAUAGUGUUAUGCUUGUGUACCUUUCAGCCUCAGGGAAGGUUGGUCGUAAUGUUGCUUCAAUGGAAUACUUGGGAGGGUCUCAGAAAUUGUCAAGAAACAAAGUCCACGAGCUUAGCAGUACUCUGUCUCAUUCAUGUGUAAUUGACAAGGGAGAGUCUUCAAGUGGAGAUUAUGAUAAAUAUUUAUGGUUCGGGCCUAGAGGACAUGGUGGUUCAAAUAAUCUAUAUCCUGGAGAUGUUAUUCCAUUUACACGUAGACCUCUUUUCUUGAUUAUUGAUAGCGACAAUAGCCAUGCAUUCAAGGUUAUACAUGGUGCAGAAAGAGGGGAGCCAGCUGCACUUCUUCUUUCACCUUUGAGACCAUCGUAUAAAAACCCAUCUGAUGCGGAUAUAGCUCAAAAUGGAAGUCAGUUUACAUUUUUCUUGACUGCUCCCCUGCCAGCAUUUUGCCAAUUGAUUGGCUUCUCAAAUCCAGAAGCUGAAAAUGAUGUUUAUAAUGAGGCUGAGGACAUACUCUCCACGGCUUUCACUGAUUGGGAAGUUAUUCUACUGAGAUCUACAAGUCUGGAUUUGGUUUGGGCACAAGUUUUGUCUGAUCCUUUCAUUCGACGACUUAUUUUGAGAUUCAUAUUCUGCAGAUCGGUGCUCUUUUACUUCUGUCCUCCAGAAGAUAGCGAGCAAUGUUUACCGACGUGUCUACCCUCAUUUCCCAAUUCUGUCUCCCCAGAUUCUAAAGUUGUUCAGGGUGCUGUUCUACGGCUUGCAAAUCAUUUUAAAGUUGCUGACUACUUUCACUUUACUGACACGUGAUAAGAACCCAGAAAAUGCAAAUUCAUGGACCAUGGUUAUAAUUAACAGUGCAUCUUUUCGGGGGUGAUUAUUCCUUCAAUUUGUCGGGACGAUAUAUAUCCCAAUCAACAAUUCAGGGAAUGCCAUUGGUUGUUGAUGGAGAUUAUUAGGCCAUCAACAAAGCGGGGGUUGCUUCUGCUUGUUUUAUAUUUACUGCAUAGAUACAUCCCUGCUGUUUCUUCACUCUGCAACUCUUGUAUGGUGGUGGCUUGUUGUUCUUUGGGGUUAGAUUGGUAUCUUUGGUAGGCUUUGGCGCCUUUUUUCCCGGUUAAAUUCUUGCGGCAUUUUCGUAAUUUUUUUUAAUUUAUUACUUAAAAUUGUUACACUCUGUAAAAGAAAAUCAGGUAGUUGAAACCAAUAUAUAUCUUUCUGUUUUUUGAGUUGUAUUUAACGUCUACUUUCUUGAAAUGCUGCGUGUAAUCUUAGGUCCUCAUAUUUUUUUUUUCUUUUUUUUGGAUAAAUUAGGUCCCAAACUCUUGAGUUGUAACACCAAAAUUAGACGGCUGCUUUGGGUCUUUCUCGUGUAUAUUGGAUUUUCCAAUAAAUUUUUUUAGAGCUUCUUAAUUAAUUAAUGAAGCUUUCUCUAUUUUUUGUUA